CCAGAGUUCACGAGUUCCACGGCCUCAAGAGCUCCCUGACCAUGUCAUCUAACUUGUUUCGGAAACCAUUUUCCUUAACAUCAAAGAAAUUGCGCCAUAAUUCUCAUGAUGCUGGAGGUAGCCAUAUCAGUGAGAAUGGGUACUCGGAGUCAACGCCACUCCUGCCUCAGAGUAACGUCAUAGCUACCUCCAGAGCUGAACAAUGGUCUUAUCAAAUCUACCAUGCUGCUCGCCAGAUAUACCUCCACAACCAUAUUCACGGACUUUUGAUAUUCCUACUCCCUGCUAUAGUCUCGAGCUUGGUACAUUGUCCUGCAAAGGUUCGAUUUACACUCAACUUCCUCGCCAUCAUUCCACUGGCGUCCUUGCUCGAGUUUUACUUGGAAGAGUUUUGCGCCAAGCAACGUUUGAUACUUGGAGGAAUCUUGGCUGGCGUCCUUGGAAACGGCAUCGAACUGAUUAUUGGAGUUGUGGCCAUCUGCAAUGAUGAAACUCUUAUCGUGCAAGACGCUAUCCUGGGGAGUCUUCUGUUCAACCUUGUACUUGUGACGGGGCUCUGCUGCGUGGCCGGAGGAGUCCGGUACAAGGAGCAGCACUUUGCUAUCCCAAUCCUCUCGUCCUUGUCCGGCUUUGCAAUGAUUCUUGUGGCCAUGUUGUUGACACCAACAGCUCUGGCAACAGUGGCCUGGUCUGGAAAAGACAUCGAUCAUAUUACAGAGGAUGGGCGCAUUAUAUCCAGCGGAUCCGCGAUUAUCUUCCUCGUGACAUAUGGGGGUUAUCUUAUGUUCCAACUCCGGACCCAUGUCAGCUUGUUUGAGAGCUCGCUUGCCGAGGAAGAUUCCUCUGACAUGACAAGCGAGGAACGUCACAGCACCUUGAAGCCACUCGUUGCAGUUAUUCUGUAUCUUGUGACGGCCGGCUUAGCUUCCUGGUGUGUUGUGUCAUUAUUCCAAGCAAUCCCCGAAGUGGCUGAGAAGUCAAGUCUCAGCAGGACGACUGUCGGAUUCAUCCUCCUCCCUUUUCUUGGAGGGGCGGGCGGCGCCAUCGCUUUGAUGACUGUGUCAUUCAGAGAUAAACAGGACCUUGCUCUUGGAUGCAUAGUGGGAAAUGUGAUCAACAUUACUCUAUUUGUAGUUCCUGUGUUGAUUAUCGUCGGAAGAGUUGUUGGCAACGAGCUGUCAUUAUAUUUUGGACAUGUCGAAAUGGUGGCUGUUUUGAUUUCUUCAAUGAUGGUGGUGCUGUUACUCCAAAAUGGACGGUCUACUUACUUUGACGGGUUACUUCUCCUUGGUUUGUACACUAUGGUUAUUAUGGCAGUGGUGGUACUGCCACAUGAGUAG